AUGACUUACACAGCGGUAGAAGGCCUUAUGCUGUUGGUGAACUCUCUUCAUAAUGGUGCUGCUCCUGGAACAGGGGUUUACCCUUUGAUUCUUUGGGCCAGAAACUUGCUAGGCCAUGAUCUUCCUCAAGUUUUAAUUGAUUAUAACGUUGGUGUUCAAAAUAAUUUAUUUGGUUCAUAUCCUACUGAAGCAGAUGUAGCCCCAAGUAUAGUUUUCACUUUUGCUUUUCUUCUAUUGAUGUUUGGCCAUAUAAUAAUAUUGAGUAUAAAUUUAUCUAGAGGUCAUUAUUUUUGGUUAACUCCAGUUUGGAUUCUUCAUUGCAUUAUUAAAGCUAUUGGUUGGAUAACGAGAUGGGUUUGGGCACAAGAUAUUACUAAGAUAUCGGUUGGUUUAACUAGUGAGAUUCUUUUAAUUGUUUCUACUUAUAUAUUGGUUUCUUUUAAUUUAAUAUUGGCUCAAAGAUUAUUUACUUGGAGACAUCCUGUUGGUGGUUCACGUUGGUUAUUUUGGAAUGUCAUGAUUGUUUUAUAUUCAGUUGUGGUUGUGGUUGUUGCUAUUACAGUUUUAGGAUCUUUUGUUCCUUAUCUAGAUUAUCUUAGUAGAUCGGCUCAUGAUAAAUGGAAUCAAGUUGUUAUGGCUACUGCUGUUUUAAUUAUUCUUUAUUCUUUAACUUCGGCUGCUUUGAUUGCAUUAUCCUACUUCUUCAAACCAACUACAAAAGAUGAAAACUUAUAUACUUAUCAACCUUGGUGGAUUGAAAGUUUCCAUCCUUUCUACUAUGUUAAAAAAAAUGCUGCAAGAGACGCUGAAGAAACUUUUAUGAAGCGUAAUCAUAACCAUCGUCAUGCCAUUAGAGUUAUUGCCGCUACUCACCAUCAUUAUAAAAUGGUUAAAGGCUUAUCCAAUGAAAGAGGUGCUUUAAAACACAAUACAUCUUUAUUGAUUAUUUUCCUCAGUACCAUCUUCAUCUUUGUUGGCUCAAUCGGUAGGGCAAUUGUGGUUUUCCAACCAAAAUACAAUGAACAUGAAAAUCCUCUAUGUAAACCAGUGGUUGCUUACAUUUUUUGGGGGGUCUUGGAAGUUAUCAUUCAUUUACUUUACUUGCUUGGUAGAGUUGACUUGAGAUUCUACAGACCAGACAUCUUACCUUUGAAAGUUAGGUCGAUCAUCACCGCUGAACAAUCUUUCUAUCCAUCCGAUGAUGAAAUGUCCGAUGAAUCAAGCACCAUUAGCACUACAUCAACCACUGAAGACUUGGAAAAACAACAAAAACAAUACAAUUCUUACAACAAUUUAGCGAAACCUAAUCCUCAGCCUUUGUCUCCACCUUAUCCUACAAACGAAUAUGCACAUGAAAAGAAAAUGAACCAAACUAAACUAGAUGAUGAAGAUGAAUUCUUCUUUUAA